AUGAGGAGUCUCAAAAAUAUGAAUGUCAACUGUGUCACAGUUUUGGGAAGGGUAGACUCCUUAAGGUCCAUCGCUGAAAAGAAAGAGCUUGAUCACAGCGUAGGACCUGGCCUACUAUUCUGCUGCCCGUCGCGUCAUCUGAGUUUACCUGUUUACCUGGAGAUGCCUUUUCUUGUAGAGAUGUUUAAUGUACUGUCGAUUUUAGUUUCUUUUAGGUAUAUCUUUGGAAUUCCUCCCCUGAUCCUUGUUCUGCUGCCAGUAGCGUCAUCUGACUGUGAGAUUGAAGGUAAAAACGGUGAAGAGUAUCAGCACGUUCUGAUGGUCAGCCUCCGUGAGCUGGACAGGAGAGAAAAUGAGAGCAAUUGCCUGGAUAAUGAACCUAACUUUUUUAAAAAGCAUUCAUGUGAUGAUAAUAAGGAAGCUACGUUUUUAAAAAGUGCUGCUCGCAAGUUGAAGCAAUUUCUUAAAAUGAAUAUCCAGGAGGAAUUCAAGCACCACUUAACAGUACUUUCACAGGGCACAUUGAAACUGCUGAACUGCACCAGGAAGGAAAAAGAAAAAAAACAACCUUCCUUGGGUGAAGCCCAACCCACUAAGAAUUUGGAAGAGAAAAAAUCUUUAAAGGAACAGAAAAAACUGGAUGAAAUGUGUUUCCUAAAGAUACUACUAGAAAAGAUAAAAACCUGUUGGAAUAAAAUUCUGAGUGGCACUAAAGAGCAUUGAAAGCUAUGGAGGGACAAUAUAAGAACAUGUGAACUCUAGGUGUAUCCUUCAAGAAUCUACGUGCUCACGCAAUUUUUGGGAGUGGAAUGCCUCCUAGAAGUUUCUGAAUGUAUCCCGGUAAAAACGGAUGAGAGCAAUUGAGAAAUAAAUACUGUGGUACUAGAAGAUGGGCAUGAACGGUGGAAACCGGACUAUCAGCGGACUAUUUCACGUGGAUGUGGAUAUGUAUCAGCUGGUGUCAGUUUUAUAAGACAAUGUAAGGUAUUAGUUGCAAUAACACCUUUUAAACCUGUUAAGGAAUUCCGGAAGGAGACAUAAAAUCUGUGAAGUAUAUAAAGGUUCCGAGGAUUAAAAAUUAACAUUGCUUUAUUAUCAAAAUAAUUUUAUGACCCACUCUGCAAGAGUAUACUGCAUUGAGAGUGGAAAUUGUCUUCUGUGCUGGAAAUGUUUCACAGUUAACAGUGAGAUGUGGGUAAUACCCAGGCGAACAAGAAUCAUACGUCUUAAAGCUGCAGCAUAAAGGAGUCCAUAGAGAGGUAUCAGGAGAUGUAAUUAACUAUGAAUGCAUAGCGUGGUGCCUCCAAUAAAUGGCAUAGCAGAUAUUUUAAAAUGAAAAUAAAGAAUCAUUUCACAAAAGUCACCUGUUCUAAGGAUGCUAAACUGCAGUACUGAUUUUCUUUUGUCAUGUCUGUAUAAUAAAACUAGUCUAAAUGAGUUUGCAAUUUGGGAAGUAUAUUUUUAAGAGAAUAAUAUAUGUUGGCCUUUUAAUGAAUGGAAUGUGUAUAUUUAAUUCUGACACUAUAUCUGUAUAUAAAAAUAUUUUCAUACAGUAUUACAGACAAAUUGCUUACUUUGGAUAAUGUUUCUCCUUUGAUAAUAAACGACCUAUGUAUUAA